AUGUCUCCGUGGCUGGGCGCAGGUUGGCUCCGAAUGUUGCUGAGUCGGCUGGGGCCUCACAGCGAAAUCAACUUUGUUCUUACCGAACUCUUGAGAUAUGCGGAUCCCAUCGCUAUCAUUGAAGGCGGAAACGAGGAAGAGAAGAUGGUAAGAGGUUUAAAAGUUUAUGUUUAUGUGCUUAGAAAUACAAAACGAUGGAUGAGAAAAUAUCGAAAAUAAAAUGGAAUCCGUUCCGGCCUUUGGAGGAGAUGGAUGGAGAAGCGGAGCGGUAUUUGUACAGCUGUCAGAUGUUGAGAAGGAACACUUUUAUCUCCAAUACCAUGACGAUGCCUCGAGGAAAUAAACCCGUGAUUAUACACAGGAAUACAAGGUAUAAAUUAUGUAUAUUGCACUUGACAUAACAUUGACCGUAGACCGUCAAGGAUUGUUCUCAGGUCUUGGUAUGAAUUUUUAGUCCCUUUUUUGCCGGUUUCCUUUAGUAUAUACGGCGAUUUUGCUGAUUUUUUAAAAUUACUCUAAAAGAUUCCUCUUAUAAAUUGUUGAUUAGAGAUGUUACUGGCUUGUUGCGCCUUUCAGAACUGUCACAAUCCUCCGCCCAUUCCUGAAAUUAUCUGAAUUUCCCACUCCAACUGAAGAAAUUCCUGAAGCUACCAUCAAAGAUGUGGUAGAAGAUGCCCCAACCAAUAGAUCACAUAAACGAGAAAAAACUAUGAGAUCUCAAAAAAGCAGAAAAGAAGAAAGAAAGAAGUCUACAAGAACCCACUAG